AUGGCCAAGUUUGAUCUUACUUGUCGUAUUGGUCAAUACCUGGAUCGGCAUUUAGCCUUUCCGCUUUUGGAGUUUUUGGAUACUAAAAGGAUUUAUGAUGAAAAUGAACUGCUCCAAGCUAAACUUGACAUUCUUAGCAAAACAAAUAUGAUUGAUUAUGUCAUUGAUAUUAGGAAACAACUGUACCCUGACAAGGAAGUUCCUGAGGAAUUGAAGGCACGCCGUGCCGAAGUUGUAAGAGAACUUGGAACUUUGCAAAAUAAUGUUUCGACAGUAGUGGGAUGGAUGAAUGACGAGAAAGUUAUGAAAAAAAUGGAAGAAAUGCGUGACUCGAAAGCGCUCAAUAAUUAUUUAGUUCAAGAUUUAGAGUUCAAAAUUGAAAUGAUGGAUGGGCUUGUCAAACUGGCCAAGUACCGAUAUGAAUGUGGUAAUUACUCAAUUUCCACAUCUUACUUAUAUUUUUAUAUGCUCAUCAUGCCACCGACUGACAAGAAUUAUUUAAACGUGUUGUGGGGAAAACUGGCAUCAGAAAUUUUGGCCCAGAACUGGGACACUGCAUUGGAAGACGUAAAUAAAUUACGUGAAUACAUUGACAACAAUGCUAUCGGUAAUUCCCUUCAUGUUCUUCAGCAACGAACAUGGUUAAUUCACUGGAGCUUGUUUGUUUUCUUCAACCAUGUUAAAGGACGUGACUUAAUUAUUGAAAUGUUCCUCUAUCGCCCUCACUAUUUAAAUGCCAUUCAAACCACUUGUCCUCACAUUCUUCGUUACUUGGCAGCUGCCGUAAUUGUAAAUCGUUCUAAACGAUCAACUUUAAAGGAUCUCGUUAAAGUAAUUCAGCAAGAAUCUUACACGUACCGUGAUCCAAUCACUGAAUUUUUAGAACAUUUGUAUGUUAAUUUCGACUUUGACGGAGCACGACAAAAACUCCAAGAAUGCCAAACAGUAGUCUUCAAUGACUUCUUCCUUAUCGCGUUGCUUAGUGAAUUUGUUGAGAAUGCAAGAUUGAUGAUUUUUGAAACUUUUUGUCGUAUUCAUCAGUGUAUUAGCAUUGGUAUGCUUGCUGAGAAACUUAACAUGAAAGCCGACGUAGCUGAAUGCUGGAUCGUUAAUUUGAUACGUAAUGCACGAUUAGAUGCAAAAAUCGACAGUAAACUGGGACACGUUGUCAUGGGAGGACAACCGGCAUCACCGUAUCAACAGUUGGUUGAGAAAAUAGAAACUUUGAGUGUGCGGAGUGAAGCAUUAGAAAAUCUUAUUGAACGUAAAUUAAAAGCUAAAAAUCAAGAUCGUGUAAGUAUUGUUUGGAAUUAA